ACUCCGCAUGUCUGCCUCUGUGUACAUUCCCGCUAUGGCACACGCCUGUUGAGGAAACAUUUCCACCCACAGCCAGUCAGUCAACUCCUCUACCCCCCGCUGGGAAGCGUCUCCAAGCGUCUCCAACGGGACGUCGCCGUUCCCGGGCUUCGGAAAAUUUGAAAAGGCAACAUCAAACCUCGACCUCCCGGAGCCCCGUAGCAAAAGAAAGAAGACGCUGCCAGGAUGUUCAGCACCAAAAGGCUGAAGCAGAAGUCUCAGUCGGUGGAUAUUGCCAGUCAAGGUUUCUCUCCUACUCUGGUGCCAGCCUCGCCCCGCAACAAGGCUGCGCCACCUGUUGCCAAGGCGACCACCGGCCUGGCGGUGCAGGAAAACAACACCACCAACUCCCAGCUGCGCUCUCCUCGAUGUGUCGAACUGAAGAGGGGGUACACCAUAGAUACCGGCCAGAAGAAGACUCCAGAAAAGAAGGAUGGGAGGCGCAUGUCGUUCCAGAGACCGAAAGGGACCAUCGAAUAUUCUGUGGAAUCGCGGGACACGUUGAACAGCAUUGCGCUCAAGUUUGACACCACACCCAACGAGCUGGUUCAGCUCAACAAGCUGUUCUCCAGAGCAGUGGUGCCUGGCCAGGUUCUGUACGUUCCUGAUCCCGAGUACGUCUCCAGUGUCGGAAGCUCCCCCUCCCUCAGUCCCAUCAGUCCCCUGUCUCCUACCUCCUCUGAAGCUGAUUUAGAGAAGGCGACGGAGUCCGAUGCCCCCGCCAGGCCAGAAGGCGUCCACCCCCCGGUGUUCUCGGCUCUGCGCCAGUCCAGAGUGGUCUCAUCCACCUCCGAGGAGGAGGAGGCCCUGACCGAGAAGUUCCUCAAGAUCAACUGCAAAUACAUCACCGACGGCAUGGGCGCGGUGAGCGGGGUGCUGUUGGUCACGCCCAACAACAUCAUGUUCGACCCCCAUCGCAUGGAUCCGCUGGUUCAGGCCCACGGAUGCGAGGAGUACGGCAUCAUGUGUCCCCUGGAGGAGGUGCAGUCGGCCGCCGUCUGCAAGGAGAUCACCGACCCGAAGAUCAGAGAGGCGGUUCCCGAUGACCUGGAGCCUCUGCCAGCUGAAAGACACCCAUCCCAGCAGAAAGACCCAGCGGAGCAGCGCCUGAAGGACCAGGGGCCCAACGGAGGCGGUGGCGCCGUCCCGCGCAGCAUCGAGGGUUCCAUCUCCGAGGACGUCUUCACCGAGACGGAGCUUUCCCCCAUCCGGGAGGAGGAGCAGGCGUCCAACGAGGACCUCCGCCAGGACAAAUCGUCCGGCGCGUCAACGGAGUCUGUGCAGACUGUCGCCGCGGCGGCAAGCACCCGCGACCCGGCUGGCCCGCCGGAGGAGCCAGACACCACGAAACCAGAGGACAAUCCACCAGAUACUGCCACGGUGAAUGACACCCAGACCCCCAUGGGGCCCAAGCAGCACAGUGUAGAGAAGCCACCAAGCACACCCACCAACACCACCAGCAGCAGCACUAGCCAGACCCAGGGGCCCAGCAGCAGCAGCAGCAGCAGUACCCCUCGCCCAGGGUCCCAAAGCUCAGUCACUACUUCCGUCCCUGCCAGCCAACAGCCGGACGCCAACCAGGAAGCCGACGUUUCCAGAACAGACACUAUGCAACAAGGCACGGAGGACAAGGAGAACGCAGAGUCCAUGCAACAGGACGACACACAGAACUCUGAGGGUACUGGGUCUGCUGAGAGGAGGCAGCACCGCUCUCACAAGUUCCUGUGUCUGCGAGUGGGGAAGCCCAUGAAGAAGACGUUUGUUUCCAACGCCAGCGCCUCCAUGCAGCAGUACGCCCAGCAGGGCAAGAAAAACGAGUACUGGUUUGCCGUGCCACAGGAGAGAUCGGAGCACCUGUAUCUGUUCUUCAUGCAAUGGAGUCCGGACAUGUACGGCGAGGGAGUCAGAGGGAUGGGACAAGAACCCGGGUUCAUGGUGGUCAAAAAGAACGUUGCAGCAGAAACCCCCGAUGAUGAGCCCAUCACCGACCUUAAUGUGAAGGAGUGGGAGGUAGUGUCUCUGACGGAGUACCACCGUCGGAUCGAUGCGCUAAACAGCGAAGAUCUGCGCUCGCUCUGCAAACGACUCCAGAUCACCACCAAGGAAGAGGUGAACUCCAAGCAUGACACAUCGAUCAAAACCGAGCUGGAGCCGGAAACGUUCAAACCCAACCUCAAAGAACCCAGCGAACUCCUGGAGGCCGACCAGAUAGAAAAGCUUGCCAGGAAUCUCCCCCCACGGACCAUCGGUUACCCCUGGACGCUGGCGUUUGGCACGUCAAAGCACGGCAUGAGCAUUAAGACGCUGUACAGAGCCAUGCAGGGCCAGGACACGCCGGUCCUGCUGGUCAUUAAGGACAGCGACGGUCAGGUAUUUGGUGCACUUGCAUCUGAACCCUUUAAAGUCAGCGAUGGCUUUUACGGCACAGGAGAGACCUUCCUCUUUACCUUCAAUCCAGAGUUUGAGGUAUACAAAUGGACAGGUGACAACAUGUUCUUCAUUAAAGGAGACAUGGACUCUUUGGCUUUUGGUGGAGGAAGCGGUGAGUUCGGCCUGUGGCUGGACGGAGACCUGUACCACGGCCGGAGCCACUCCUGUAAAACCUUUGGGAACCCAAUGCUCUCCAAGAAGGAGGACUUCUAUGUGCAGGACAUCGAGGUGUGGGCUUUUGAAUAACAAACCUGCUGCAACACAGGGAAAAAAAACAAGUCCUACACACAGGACCAAACCCAGGGAGCGGUCCUCCUUCAGAACAGUGGCAACAUCCCAAACCUAACUGCACACCACCAGGUGCUCCCCUGUCUGGAGGCCAGAUACUGGAUGCUUGUUGUGCGUUAACUACUGCAGUUAUUAAGGAGCUUUGUUUUAUUUUCUUUUGUUUUUCUUUGUGAAAAAUAAACCUGUGUGUGUAUCUUAUUGCAGCCCUGUGCGGCGUCUUUGCAGAGUAGGGAGAGUACGAGGAGAAAUGCAAGGGAAGCAGGGUAGGGACCGCGCGGUCACUAAGGCCAACUGGACUUCCUGAGGCUGAGGUUUGGGACUGCUGCAAGAAAGGAAAGCUGCCCCACCUGGUGCAAAUAGUGCAUCAGAACUCUGAAGAACCUCAAGGAAUCCCCCCUCUCCCACAUCACCACACCACCACCACCAACUUCUGGGAUCCCAGCUAGAACUCCAACUCACUGUGCUGUCGGCCGUUACGGAGAGAGACUCAGUCGGAGGAAACCGAACACAUUCCAUUUCUCUUGAUCGUGGAGUGUCAAAAGUGGUGAUUUGUGGUGAACUUACAAAAAAAAAAAAAAAA